GUCUGUCCGACCGUGCCUCUCGGCGCUCUGUGAAGCCUCGCGCCUCCUUUUCAGUGGAUGCGGUCGUUCAAGAUCGCUUCCGAAAGAUGGUGAGGUUCAAGCGAGUACUGGCAACAUAUGGGCUCAUCGAUUCACAAGGAACCUGGAAUCUGACCGACCGUGAUGCUGUCGAUGAGCUCGUGAAUAUCUUUGAGAUCAAUGAAGACAGUUUCAAAUCGAUGGUCCAACGAUCGACGGUGUGGAAUUCCCGCUCCAGCCGCAUCACCACGCGCACGUCUUCAUUGUCAACUGGCCUCAAUGCUGUAUGA